GGUCUCGGGCAGACAUACCCUUCCGGGAGUUAUCUGUGGUCCUGGUGAGAGGUGGCUGUGGGAGCGGCCCGGUUCCUUUGCACGCAAGUAACGCCGUGUUUCUCUCCUAUACACCAAAGGUGCCUUCAUGAAUAACUUAAAUGACCCUCCCAACUGGAACAUCCUGCCAAAUCAACGAGAGCCCGGAGAUGAAGGCAGCAGAUGGAACUACGCCUUGCUGGUCCCCAUGCUGGGCUUGGCUGCCUUCCGUUGGAUCUGGACCAAAGAAUGUCAAAAAGAAAUAGAAAGAGAAAAAAAAGAAUAUUACAAAAAACAUUCAUCUUUACAAAAAGACCUGGAAGCCAAAUACCGGGAUGUAAUCACAGAAAAUCGUCGCGCAGUUGCUCACUUGGAGCUGGAGCUUGAAAAGGAACGCAACAGAACCCUGAGUUAUCGUGAAGCCCUUGUGUCCCAGAGUCGCAAACUAGUAGAAGAAAGAAGGAUCCUAGAACAGGAGCAGGAGAAGUUAGAGCGAGAAAAACAAAUCCUUUUGCACUCAGGAGCAGCAGGUAACUUGUACCAAAGUUGUCUGGCAAAGGAAGAAGAGUGGCAGAAGAGAGCCAAUAUUUUACUGAAAGAAUUUGAAGAGGGACUUAAAGAAAGACAGGACAUCUACUGCAGUCUUGUUGUACCCAGAAGUCAGAGACUAGAAAUAGAGAAAAAUCUGCUAGUUAAAGCGGCAACUGAUCCUGUUGCUAUGGCUCUACACAUGGAAAGUGGCUUAAAAGAUAUUUUCAAACACGAUAACUACUGUGGCAAUCUGCUGAACAGAAACAAAAGUCAAAAUGGGAGACUUAUGUGGCUGUAUCUGAGAUACUGGGAACUAGCUAUUGAACUACAAAAGUUUAAGAGGGCAGAAAAGGCCAUGUUAGGAAAACGAUAAGUAGGGGAAAUAAUGGGAUUUCAUGUGAUCCACCAUGCAUAGUAGGGACAAUCACAGUUGUAGUCUGAAGCUGUUAAAUUAUCCUGCUGUGUUUCCAUUUAUCCUCCUUGUUGCACUUGUAUUUGCAUGGGACAUGUGCAGUGUUGGUGCCUUUCCUUUCACUGUCUAACAGAUGCUCCAGUGAGCUAUGCAUGCUCUUAAAC